AUGGUGAAGGCUGACAGAUUGUACAAAAACACCGGUGAAUCCACGAUCCAAUCCACGAUGAACCACGUGCUCGAUAAGGGUUCCUUCUUGCAACAGGAUGGUGUGCGAGCUCGCUUAGUAAAAAGAGUUUUUUACACGACACAGCAACAUUUUUAUCAACCGACUAGUUUUAUCAGUGAUUCUUCAUCGCUGUGCGAUGAAUUAAAGCGUGUUCAACAGCUGCAAGCAAUGUUACUGUUUAUGCAGCAACAGCAGCAACAUCAGCACCAUAACAAACAGCAGCAAUUGCAAACGCCUGCAUUCAUGUCGGGAUCGUUGCAGUCUUCCCAACAACCGACGAACCGAAACCGUAUCGGUAUGAUGACACGGCAGCAAUUCGCAUCUGGUUCUGCAGCCUCAGCAAUGAAUACUAAUGCUACUACCUCUGCAGCUGUUGAUCGAACUGUUUAUUCACAUUCGAAACAGCAUUUCGUAAGUGUACAUGAUCGUUUGCCAAAAGCGUUCCACAGCUACAACCAUUGGCUCGAGCACGUGAAACGCCUGCAUCUGGACGAACAGCAGUGCAUGGUAGCUUCCAUGCAAGCUCAACUUUUGUACAACUGGUAUCGGGUGUGGGAAGCGACCGAUCAGCACAAUGCCCAUUGGUGGAAAAAUCGUACCAAUAUGCGUACCGCCGCCAUACAAACAUCAACGAUCUGUCCUCUCCAGAAUGUUCUUUUCCAGGCAUUCUACCAAUUGAUGUCGAGUGCUGGAGAAGGUGGCUAUUUCCAUCCGUUCAUCCACUUCGAUCUUAGACACAGUGAAAAACAGCCAACCCAGCAUAAGCGGCAUCAAAACACGCGUCGAGGCCAAUAUCGCACGGAACAAUCGCCACCCACAAAAGUGGUGUCAGUCGCUACACCAGCUGGGGCCACGCUGCCAAAACCGAUCAACGCGACAACUGGCAGGAGCCCGUCGAUUGCCAAUAGCAAUCCUUUAACACCGUUCCUGUUUGUCUAUGUGCCGUUGCUAACGCCGCUGCCUGCACCCCAACAGUUAGCCUUUGCUGUAAACCACAGCGCGGGCUCAGGACCACUAGUAUCGCCGGGGCGGACGGCUCUACCACCAUCAGGGUUGCCACCGCCGUCAACGUGCUCCUUGGAUGCCAUCAUUAAUGACAGGUUAGUGCAGCCAUUCGUUUACGCACCAAUUUCAAACGACAAUUAA